AUGGCCCAAAAUAGGCCCAUGAGCAUUUUGCCUACAAUAAAAUGCUCCAACUGUUCAGUAGACAUUCAAAUAUCCAAGUUGGGAGAUCAUGUGUGCAAUGACUCUGGUCAACUAACUCCUGCUGAGUCCCCAACAGAGUACACCAAGAUUUUAGAUGUGCGAAAUGAAAGCAAUCCCCCUCUGCCUAAGCCCGGAACUCUACUACCGCGAGUUGAUACCAACAUUGCGAAUCGUCUCUACCUCCAACUUGGUCCCUAUACUCCGACCAGUGCUUCGCCGUUAUCAGGAAGUCCAGAGCGACUGCCACAUGCUAAACCUGUAAGGAGUGCUACUAUGCCUCUCGUUAGAGCGCCACCAUCUCCAGAACCCCUAUCGUCCAACCUCGAUUGCGCAUUUCCGCCAUUUCCGCCCACAAAAUUAACAGCAUCUAAGCCGAUGUUAAGGAGCAAAAGUGAAGAAAAGAGAAAUAUAGACACGACCCCAAUGCUUGCACCCCUAAGUCCUAGAGGUAUAAAUUCCGGUGGCUUUAUGCAGAGGGCAAAUAGCAUUGUACCUGGACCUUUUGAUGUGAAUGGAGGUCGCGUACCGCAAAGUCCAGAAAAAUCACAUCAGCGAACUGGAACUGAAAGCAGUAUAAAAGUUAUCUCGGAUCCGGGAAAACUAGAUUCUGGCAAUGAGCAAUUAAGUGCUAAGAGCAACAUGCACACAAGGAAUUACUCUAUCAGCUCGCUGAAAUCAAAAUCCAGCUACACCGCAUACCCAAAACCUCCUCGAAGGAAUGGAUACGAAGGAUUCGGACCUCCAAAAUCUGACGAUGAAUCAUUUCAGAAACCGGCACGCUUAGAGACUAGGUCCCAAACCUUGGCAUCCAAAAAUGAGAAAGUGUCAAGUACAUCGUCUGAUAAGGGGUUGAAAAUGAAACAUAAUGAGAGAAAAUCAUCAUCAAAUUCUUCCUCUAACCCUAUAUCGCCUAGGAAAAUUAGCACAUCGCGCGGAGAAAAAAGUAGGAGUAGUCAGAAGGGAGAUAUUGCAUCUCGAGAUACGGCGCCCAGGUACCCAGGACUCGAACCUCUCUCGGGCCGAAGCCAAGGCUCUAUUGGAUCACAAUCUACUCGAGGGAGCAGCUUCUCGGGUUUGGAAAGUAGCAACAAUGAUUAUUUAAUAUCGCCCUCAUCGCUCUCAACCGUCAGCUCAACUGAAACAUAUGAUGUAAAACUACCAACUCGAACUUCAUCAAAAUCAAUUUCAAGCUCACUAGAGAAAGGUUUUGAGGAAUUUAGCUUUAAUCCAAAGACAGUCACUUCAAAGGCACCCGCAAGAGCUCGUCGAAAACCCUCUAAUACAAAUUCGAUUGACCUUUUACUAGCAGACUUGCAAUCAUCUAUGAGCGAGCCCUAUCCUGCAGACUUACCCGUACCACUACAAACAGACGCUAUAAAAUCACCAUCUUCACCUCGUCGAUUGAAACCCCAAACUACACGGCCUCCACUUCCUCGUCAAAGUACAGCGCCACUAUUUUCCCCUCGCAUCUCAUCCGGGAAUCCAGAACCGCUCCCUACAAACGGGUCGAGCUCCCGUCCUUCGACUCGUGAUGGCUCACACUCUAAGGCUACCAACCGUGGUAAGGUUUCGAAAGGAAAAUGUAAGGGCUGCAGCAAAGAAAUCUAUGGUAAAUCAAUCUCAUCGGCCGAUGGCCGAUUAACUGGUCGAUACCACAAGCAAUGUUUUGUCUGUAUGACAUGUCAAGAACCUUUUAAGACAUCUACAUUUUAUGUCCUUGCCGAUGCUCCGUAUUGUGAGAGACACUAUCACGAGCUCAACGGGAGUAUCUGUGGAAGUUGUGACCAAAGUAUAGAAGGGGAGUAUCUUGAGACGGAACGCAAGCAAAAACAUCAUCCAGGCUGUCUUAGAUGUGAAGAUUGCGAUUGUAAUCUAAGAUAUGACUAUUUCGAAAUGAAUGACCAUGUCUAUUGUGAGCGCCAUGCCAUCCGUCGGGCGCGACAAAAACAAAUUCUGGCCGUGGGAAUGGCAGAUAACGAUGACAUGGAACGCCGCACAACAACACUAAUGACAAUGUGA